AUGGCAGUACUGACACAGACGAAGGUCGCAACCGCGGCCUCAAUCGCGCUGCGUGCCCUGUCAUACAUCUUCCUGCGAUGGAUCAUCCCCGCCCUCGUUUUUACGCUUUUCGCUAUCUAUGUGCCUGCUCUCAUCUCAAGCUACCGGAACGAGCCGAAGUGCGACUUGGUUGAUGAAGUCGAUGUCAUGAUCACUGAGACCGCCGUGGAGGGCGAGAACGCUGUGGAGAACGAAACCCAACCCGAAGAGAGAGGCGGCCGGUCGGCCAACGGCGACAAGGAGGUCGUUGCCGAUGAUGUUACCAUCCGGGAAACCAUUUCCAUUGAGAACAGGCCGCUGAAUGCCUGGCAGACCCUGCUGACUGGCGCGCCAAACCCACGAAGCCUGGCCCUGACCCUUGGCGCGCUCCUCCUCAACGGUCUCUGUGUUGGCUUCGUGGCCGACCGUCUAUUCCGGGAGCGCUACUACCCCAAUGACGGCCUGUCCUUCGUGAGGGUUGGCUAUGUGUCUGAGAAGGAGGCCAAGCUCCUGAUUCGUGAGCCAGACCAGUCCAAGAUGCCCGUCAGCGUGGAGGUUCGCAUCAAGGACCCCCAACCUCCGUUUGACAAUCCGCUGUGGCAGAGCGCCGGCGGCGUGAGGUGGACGACCAACGAUACUGACUACACUGCGGUCGUAACUGUCCCCUUGCGACACCCGAAGAGGAGGACAUACGAAUGGCGCACCUCAAACAACCAUUCUGGCGAGUUCACGGUUCCUCCGCCGGCCGGCCAUGCAGAGGACACCAACUACGGUCCCUUUACCUUCUUGUCCACCUCAUGCAUCGUGCCGCGGCUUCCCUACAAUCCGUUUGAUCAUCCCCUUUCCAUCCCGGGCUUCAAGCACCUCGCCAAGGUUCUCCCUUCGCUCAACGCCCAGUUCAUGCUCUUCCUGGGCGACUUCAUCUAUGCCGACGUUCCGCGCUACUGGGACAAAUCCACCGCAUACUACCGCGAAAAGUACCGCCAAAUCUACGCCUCCCCGGACUGGCCGGCCGUCGGCCAGAACCUCAGCUGGAUCCAUGUCCUCGACGACCACGAGAUCGCCAACGACUGGUCCGCCAACUCGACAGGCGUCUACGACAAGGCCAUCGACCCUUUCUACCGCUACCAGGCGGCGCUUAACCCGCCGCCGGCGCCCCAAGCCGGCGCGCGGACCGCCCGCGCCGGCAACACGGCGUACUUUGCCUUCACCCAGGGCCCAGCCAGCUUCUUCCUCCUCGACACGCGCUCGUUCCGCUCGAGCAACGCGCUGCCGACGGACGACGCCAACAAGACGAUGCUCGGGCCGGACCAGCUGGCCGAUCUCCUGGCCUGGCUGCGCCGACCGGAGCCCAAGGGCGUCAAGUGGAAGAUCGUGGCCUCGUCCGUGCCGUUCACCAAGAACUGGCCGGUCAACGGGAAGGACACCUGGGGCGGCUUCCUCGCCGAGCGGCGGAAGGUGCUCGAGGUCAUGUGGGACGUGGCGAGCCGCGGCGUCGGGGUCGUCGUGCUGAGCGGCGACCGGCACGAGUUCGCCGCGACCAAGUUCCCGCCGCCCGAGGACGGCGCCUGGCCCGAGAGCGCUACCGUCUGGGAGUUCUCGGUCAGCCCGCUCAGCCAGUUCUAUACGCCUUUCCCGACGUACAAGCAGACCGAUCGGGAGGAUGUGUUGGUCAAGUACAUCCACAAGGGUAACUCCAAGUUUGGCGCCAUCACCAUUGAGAACCUGGAGGGCGGCGAGCAGAGCAGUCUGAAGUACAGGCUAUUCAUCGAUGGCGCAGAGGUGUGGAAUACGGUUGUUCUGUCACCGCCGCCGGUUGUGGGCGGCAAGAGCAGUGGCUCCAUCCAGAUGUGGGACUCUAAGAUUGCGAAGUCGCUUCCAACCGUCGACUAUGAAGCAAAACGAAUCGGCUUCGUCAUCGUUGAGAACACCCCGUUCGACGACCCUAACAGGACGAAGGAGCUCCUAGAGCGCAUUGGACCUAUCAGGGUCACGCACUACGGCGGCUUCUACGACUUUACCCCGAACCUUGCCAUGGCCGACACGGCUUACACCAACGAGGCCCUGCCACCCCACACCGACACCACCUACUUCACCGAACCUGCCGGCUUGCAGGCUUUCCACCUGCUUUCUCACCAGCCGGCGCCCGGCGCCAGUGCUGACGAGGCCGCGGUCUCCGGCGGCAAGACGGUGCUCGUGGACGGGUUUCAGGCAGCGCGGUUCCUACAGCAAAUUGACAAGCCGGCCUGGACUACUCUGACGAAGGUCGCAGUCCCCUGGCACGCCAGCGGGAAUGCGGGGAUAACCAUCGCUCCCGACAAGCUGUACCCAGUGCUAGAGCUCAGAGGACAGCUAGGUCCCAAUGGCGUGCAUAGGAUACGGUGGAACAAUGCGGACAGGGGUGUGGUUCCAUUUAACUGGACGGAAACCCCUCAAAUGUGGUACAAAGCCGCGCGGAAAUGGAACGAGCUUCUGUCGAGGGAGGACUUUCAGUGCUGGCUCCAACUGGAACCUGGCAAGGUGCUCAUUUUCGACAACUGGCGCGUGCUCCACGGCCGCAGCGCUUUCACGGGUAUCAGGAGGAUCUGCGGAGGAUACAUCAACAGAGACGACUUCAUCUCCCGCUGGAGAAAUACGAACUACAAGCGGGAAGAAGUCAUUGACAGAGUUUUGGGGUAG